AGCAAAGAUCCCAGUAACUGAUUACUUCUUCACUGUGCUGUCCUUCUUUGAGGCUUGAGAUAUUAGUCGGCUGUACAUCAAAUUUCACAACGGAAAAUCCAUUUGCCAGAGCGCCGAUCUGUACGGCAUUGAUCGUUUGGGUGGAAAAUGGAGAGAUCUUCUUCUCUGCUGGUACAUUUUGACAAGGCCACACCAGCACUCGCCAAUGAGAUCAAGGAGGCUCUUGAAGGGAAUGAUGUUCCAGCUAAGAUUGAUGCCAUGAAAAAUGCAAUCAUGCUUUUGCUAAAUGGUGAAACCCUACCUCAGCUGUUCAUUACCAUAGUUAGAUAUGUGUUACCCUCUGAGGAUCAUACUAUUCAGAAACUGCUGUUGCUCUAUUUGGAGAUCAUUGAUAAGACUGAUGGCAAGGGGCGUGUCUUACCAGAAAUGAUUUUAAUCUGCCAAAAUCUCCGAAAUAAUCUUCAGCACCCUAAUGAAUAUAUACGUGGUGUCACCUUAAGGUUCCUUUGCCGGUUAAAUGAAGUGGAGAUCAUCGAACCUUUGAUCCCCUCCAUUAUGUCAAACUUGGAGCACAGACACCCUUUUGUUAGGAGACAAGCAAUUCUUGCUGUGAUGUCGAUUUACAAGCUCCCGCAAGGCGAGCAGCUCUUGGUGGAUGCUCCAGAGACGAUUGAGAGGUGUCUCUCAACAGAGUCGGACCCAUCAGCUAGGAGAAAUGCCUUUCUGAUGCUUUUCAAUUGUGCCCAGGAUCGUGCGAUUGCUUACCUUUUAACCAAUGUUGACAAAGUAUCAGACUGGGGGGAACUGUUGCAGAUGGUUGUUUUGGAGCUGAUCCGGAAAGUUUGUAGAACAAACAAAGCAGAAAAGGGGAAGUAUAUGCAGAUUAUAAUCUCUUUACUGAAUGCUCAUUCAGCGGCUGUAGUUUAUGAAUGUGCUGGAACCCUUGUUUCUUUGUCUUCUGCUCCCACAGCUAUAAGAGCUGCAGCAAAUACAUAUUGCCAGCUUCUUCUCUCUCAGAGUGACAAUAAUGUGAAGCUUAUUGUGCUUGAUCGCCUAAAUGAACUCAAGUCUUCCUACAGAGAUAUUAUGGUUGACCUUAUAAUGGAUGUUCUUAGGGCACUGUCAAGCCCAAACCCUGACAUCAGAAAGAAAACACUUGACAUUGUUCUGGAAUUGAUCACACCCCGUAAUGUCAAUGAGGUAGUUCUUACGUUGAAGAAGGAAGUUGUCAAAACUCAAAGUGGGGAGCUUGAGAAGAAUGUUGACUACCGGCAAAUGCUCAUUCAAUCUAUCCAUUCUUGUGCUGUAAGGUUUCCUGAAGUGGCAAGCACAGUGGUUCAUUUAUUGAUGGAUUUCUUGGGAGACAACAAUGUAGCAUCUGCAAUGGAUGUUGUUGUUUUUGUGCGAGAGAUAACUGAGACCAACCCGAAGUUAAGGGUUUCUAUUGUCACCAGGCUUCUAGAUACCUUUUACCAGAUCCGAGCAGCUAGAGUUUGCUGUUGUGCUCUUUGGAUUAUUGGGGAGUAUUGUGUCUCUCUUUCUGAAGUCGAGGGCGGCAUUGCAACCAUAAAGCAAUGUCUUGGAGAUUUACCCUUCUUUUCAGUUUCUGAAGAUGAAAAAGCUGCUGAUUCAAAGAAAGCCCAGCAGGCAUCCUGGAUGACCAUUUCAUCUAGAAGACCAGCCAUCCUUGCUGAUGGAACAUAUGCCACUCAAAGUGCCGUCUCUGAGACGGCCUUCUCCCCUCCAGCUGUAGUGCAAGGAUCUUUGGGAACAGGAAAUUUGAGAUCUCUUCUCCUCACUGGUGAUUUUUUCCUGGCGGCAGUUGUUGCCUGCACACUAGCAAAGCUCAUUCUAAGACUGAAAGAGGUUCAGCCCUCUAAAAUUGAAGUGAACAAAGCAUCAAGCGAUGCAUUAUUGAUUAUGGUAGCAAUGCUACAGCUAGGGCAAUCAUCAGUUCUCCCUCAUUCAAUCGAUAAUGACUCUUAUGACAGGAUAGUUCUCUGCAUAAGAUUGCUGUGUAACACAGGGGAUGCUGUAAGGAAGAUCUGGUUAAACUCUUGCCGUGACAGUUUCAUUAAGAUGCUUUCAGAUAAACAGAUGCGUGAAACUGAAGAAGAUAAAGUGAAGGCUCAGAUUUCUCACUCACAGCCGGAUGAUCUUAUUGACUUCUACCAUUUGAAGAGUCGAAAGGGCAUGAGCCAGCUGGAAUUGGAAGAUCAGGUUCAAGAUGAUCUUAAACGUGCUACUGGUGAAUUUGUUAAGGAUGCGGAUGAUGCAAAUAAGUUAAAUCGUAUCAUUCAACUCACAGGAUUCAGCGAUCCUGUAUAUGCUGAAGCAUAUGUGACAGUUCAUCAUUACGAUAUUGUCCUGGAUGUUACAGUUAUUAAUAGAACUAAGGAGACCCUUCAGAAUUUGUGUUUGGAAUUGGCUACCAUGGGUGAUCUUAAACUUGUGGAGCGCCCACAGAAUUAUACUCUAGCACCUGUGUCAAGCAAGCAAAUAAAAGCAAAUAUUAAGGUGUCUUCUACUGAAACUGGAGUCAUAUUUGGCAACAUUGUCUACGAGACCUCAAACGUGCUUGAGCGGACUGUUAUUGUCCUCAAUGACAUUCAUAUUGAUAUCAUGGACUACAUAUCUCCUGCUGUGUGUACUGAUGCUGCUUUUAGAACCAUGUGGGCAGAAUUUGAGUGGGAGAACAAGGUUGCUGUCAACACAACAAUUACAAAUGAGAAAGAAUUUCUUGACCACAUAAUCAAAUCAACCAACAUGAAAUGCCUAACAGCACAGUCGGCUCUAGAAGGUGACUGUGGGUUCUUGGCUGCUACCUUGUACGCAAAGAGUGUAUUCGGCGAGGAUGCUUUGGUAAAUAUUAGUGUUGAGAAACAAACAGAUAAUAAACUAAAUGGGUAUAUUAGGAUAAGAAGCAAGACUCAGGGAAUCGCCCUCAGUUUGGGUGACAAGAUUACUCUCAAGCAGAAGGGAGGAAGCUGAUCUUCUAAUGCUCGUAAUUCAUUAUCUCAUUCUGUUAGCUUCUGAUAUUUGAUUAACAGUCCGUUGUCAAAUACAACGGAGAAUGCUGAUUGGAUCUCCUUCCGUACUGCCGUUCAUGGUAAAGUGUUCUUGCAAUCAGCAUUUCAUGCGUCCCCAAUAUCAUCAUGCAAAUUUCAUAUCAUGCCUCUGCGUAGCAUCACCCAAGUUGUCUUUAUUCAUUCUACUCCAUUUAUUUGCAGGACAUGGACGCGAUGUCCUGAAUAGUGAGAUUUAUUGAGCACAUAUGUUUUAAGUUCAAAAACUUGCUUGGGAGCGUAGUGAGAUUUAUUGAGCAUAUAGGUUUCUUUGCAUUGGCAUUUUUGGUUCUAGUCUGAUUUGGGAUUACUAAAAAUAUGACAAUUGAACUAUGUUGGAGAUUAUUUUGUAGAUGAGGACUUCUCGUUUAGGUGGGUUUUUGUUUCAACUUCGGAAAUAUAUGUAAUAAUUUUUUGGAUACUGAAUGGUUGUAGUGUUAAAUAGUAGUAAAUAAAUGCUAAAUAGUCGAUCCAAACUAUUACAUGCUACA